AUGCACAUAGAACGGAGGAUCUUGAGCUCAUAUUUUCUGCGACCGGGACGUUUGAAAAGAGUGAUUUACUGUCACAAAUACCGAAUUCGAGCCUAUAGUGGGUCAGAUCAGGAGGGUCGAAACUUAGAAUUGUUGAAAUCAUGGACCCAGACUUCCAGCUGUGACGGAGCGUCUGGAAAUCAAAAAAGCAUUGCUCGCAAGAAAAACGAGGCAAAGUUAAGGGAGAUUGGACAGAUAAAUUGCGUUCGGGAUGCUGAUUUUCUGAACUUUUGGAAACAAGUUUUUGUGGCUGCACCGUUGUCUGUUGCCGAUCAAGUGGUGGAAAUGCGGCAAUCGAAAAACGUCGUCUUUAUACUUGAGGAUUUACUUGUUUUGCUGGAACAGUUACAAAGUUUGGAGCGAUUCCGGGACAUAGAUAUGAUCUACAGAGCCUAUGAAGGUAAUUUGCCGGAAUUAGCCAAAUCUUGCAGUGCGCAAGCUUAUUCGAGGUUCCUUGGUCUAAUUUUGAGGGCAGAAUUUGGGCUCCGGAAUUUCCAAACAUUUGAACGUCUCUUCUCGCAUUACAUCAAGCAGCCAUACCUGGAGUCAGCGAUAGUUGAAUUGGGACUUUUAGCGUUUGUCAAGUCCAAGAAUUUCCCACUAGCAAAAGAAUUUUACAAUCAAAUACUGAAAAAUCAAGAAACGUUUCCCAUUACCUCGAGUGGGUUCCAUAAAUUCGCGUUUGAAAUAUUUAAAACUUCAGACUUAAAUGCCAUGAAAGCUGUACUCAACCUGUGGCUCGAAAAUGCGAGACAAUCACAACUUUUGCCACAGAAGAGGACGAUGAUGCUAUUUCACCAGCUUUCUUUGCGUUAUGGAGAUAAGCAGGCAUUUGAAGCUCUAAUAAAACGAAAUGAGCUCAAAAGUUUACAAUAUGCUGACAGCUUGGAAUACAAAUUUUGUAAUUUUUGCCAUGCGGUACAUUCUCAUCAACUAACUGACAAAGAGAUGAUUGUUCAAAAAAUGGACUCUUUCAUUGACCAAAUUGAAGGCACAGGAGGCAACAAUUUUUACUACCGCAUGCUACAAAUCGCUGUAGCAGCGGACGAUUUUCAGUUGAUAAACCAUAUCAUGUCGCAUGUCUCAAGGGACACGUCCGUGUCGCUGAACGAAGAAUAUCAUAAAUAUAUCGCACACAUUUUUGUCAAAAGGGGCCAGCUAAGAGCGCUAAUUGAUUAUUUUCUGCAUGCCGUGAGGCCGCUCAAGGGAGGUCAUCUUACAAAAGUGUUCGUCGAGCAACUAUGGUCUUGCGCACUUCAGAAUUAUCCUAUGUUGUCAAAGGAGUUUACAAAUGACCUGCGGUUACUAUUGAACAAGCCCAUUUACCUAAAACAGUACUAUUGGUUAGAGCACGUCUUAUGGACCAAAAUGAUAAGUGAUCUACGGACGAAAACAACCAAAGAAUAUGGUAAAAAUUCUAGAUUGGCUCUUGAUGAUGGCUUCGACGAACCACGCUUGCUAAGAAAAGUUGAGCAGCAUUUUAAAGAGGGUGAUUUCCUUUCGGUCAGAGCAACGAUUCAAGAGCGUGUCAUAUUAGGGGUCAAACCGCAUUUCGUGGUAUUUUACUCCCUCCUGAAGCUGGCUUUGAAAUAUUCUGUUUCCACCGGCGAGUGGAUCGAUGACCUGCUUCGCCGCUCGCAUUUCAACAUUCCAUUAAAGGUAGAUAUCUUGUGGCUCAGACAAAAUGUAUUCCACACGUACCGGGAGCUUUCUCGCACACACGUUGCGUCGGCCAGCCACUCUGAUGCAUUUCUUGUAGCCACGACAAAAGUUCGCGAGUUCGAGGAGAAACACAAAGACGCGCUCAACUUCCAAAACUACUUGCAACUGGUAUCCAUUUUACUGGGACUCAAGGACCACUCUGGCGCCGUGCAAUUAUUGAAUUCCAGCAAGAAGAAAAUCAACAAAUCUGAUGCUCGCGAACUCAAUAUGUUUUAUUCAACUGCAUUGAGAACUUAUGCAAGAUCCAGAGAUAUUGAUGGAUACCUCCGCUCUCUCCAGAACUGGAACUCCGACACCAAUGCUUCGCUAGUUACCCCUGCCAAUAUUCGAUCCUGCAAGGGUUUCUUCAAAUAUCUCAAAGCCCACUCGGAUCCCACGGUUCCUGAGACACGGAACAGGCUAUCUGCGAUCUUGGCCGAACAGAAGACACUUUUAACGCGAUUCGUCGGUUUAAAAUUCAACGGUCUAAACGAUAUGCGACUUUUGGUAAGAUUUUUGAAAGAAUGGGCUGACGCCGACGUACAACUCAAAGGAUACAAAGGCGUUAAGAAAAAGGUUUGCCCACCGGAUACUCAAGCACCAUAG